CAGAGGAAGAAGCGCACACAUAUUCCCAACUUCACCGACCCAGCCAAGAAGUCUGAGCCCAAGACAUUCGUCUUCUGGCGCGGCAAGCAAGGGCUGAUCUUGAAGGCACUGGAGACUGAUCUGCGCAGAGUCAUGCAGCCCAACACUGCAGAGCACCUGAAGGAGUCCAGGAAGAACCAGCUGCGGGACUUUGUGGACAUUGCUGGCCCGCUGGGAGUCUCGCACUUCCUCAUCCUGACCGCCACUGACAAUGCUGCGUACCUGCGCGUCGCAAAGACCCCCAGGGGCCCGACGCUGACGAUGCGCAUCCAUGCGUACUCGCUCAUGCGCGAUGUGACGGCGACGCUGCAGCGGCCGCGCCAGCCGGCGUCCAUGUGGAAGAGCCCGCCGCUAGUCGUCAUGAAUAACUUCGGCGGCCAGGAAGAGCUUAAAUUGGCGACUGCGCUGUUCCAGAACCUCUUUCCCGCCAUCAAUGUCCAGACUGCCAACCUGUCCUCCUGCCAGAGAGUGGUGCUGCUAAGCUACGACAAGGAGACGAGGCGGAUCUCGUUCCGGCACUACGGCAUCAGCGCGGCGCCGAGCGGGGUGACCAAGAGCGUCAAAUCCUUAGUCGCCCGCCGCCAGCUGCCGGACAUGGGCUCCCUCCAGGACGUCUCCGAGUUCCUCACCAAGAGCGGCUACGGCUCGGAGAGCGAGGGGGAGGAGGCGGCAGAGGCGCGGGUGGAGCUGGCGCAGGACAUGGGCCGGGGAAACAUGGCCAGCCGCCAGUCGCGCGUGCGCCUGCAGGAGAUUGGGCCGCGCAUGGAGCUGGAGGUGGUCAAGGUUGAGGAGGGCAUGUGCACGGGACGGGUCCUCUACCACAGCUAUGUGCACAGGAGCGCUGCGGAAGCUGCGGUGCAGCAGCAGGAGAUUGACGAACGAGAGAAGUUGCGCGCUGAUAGACGACGACAGCAGGUGACUCAUCCUCACAUAACGAUGACAUGGCGCUGCGCUGUCAUUUGGCUCAUGGGUACAUGUUGGCGGCAGCAUGCUCAAACAUGUCAAGUCGGAACAUUUGAAACUUCAACCAGCGCCUCACCUUUUACGUCCCAAUGCAAUGUGCGGUCGCACCUUGGAUCGUUUGUGCAUGGCAAGGUUGCAGAGGGAUUGCAAAACAUCCUAGGGAUAUGUGUAGGGUUGUAG